AAGUAACGGCAAGAUCAACCCCACCAACAUAUCUUGAUUUCUCGGUACUCUCAAGAAAACCCAGCACCCUACCUCUGUUGCUCUCUCUCUACCUCUCUCAGAGUGCUAUACUCUCUUCCCAUGAACCGCUUUCAGAUUCUUCGCUCAAUCCUUCUUAGCUUCACCUACAGAGUUCUGGGAUUUUGGAUCUGAAGCCUUUUCUUGUCUUAGUUGAAAAGGGCAAGGCAGUUUUGGGCAUCUCUUUCUGCCCCUUAUGCUGUAUUUCCGGACCGUCUUUUUAAGUCAGUAGGGCAGCCUCCAAGGUUGCUCCUUCGUAGCUCAGAGUUAAGAUUGAAAAAGCACUGUUCAGGAAAAUUGGAAGGGGACAGAUCAAUGGGAUCAUCUGGUUUUUUUCUUCUGUGUAUGCUGCAUUCUCUGGUAGCAUUAAGCUGUGGAGCUUUGAUGAUGUUCUAUAGCAAUGAUCUGCUGGUGAUGAGCCAUGGAAAAGAGCGUGCCAGCAAGCUUUUAGGAUCAACAUAUCAUGAUCAGCUAAUAAUCCAAACAUCAGAUUCAUUUUCAGGAUUGCUUUUGUUUGCAAUUGGGUUUUUCUUGUUCAUGGUUGCAUUUGUAAAGGAUAAGGAUUUCCAUAGCUUCUUUGCAAAGGGGUGUAUACUUCUCCAUGUAUUGAUGGCAGUUUGGAGGAUCUACUUCGAGAGGAAGCUGGAGGAUCUCGGCCGUGAUUGGCUGAGGCUGGUGGUCGGUGAUCUUGCCUUGGGACUUUCAUGGGUUUUCUUCCUUGUAUACUCUUGGAGGGAGAAGUAUGACUAAUCCAAUUGUCUGGGUUUUCUUCCUUGUAUACUCAUUGGAAUCACCAGCAGAUCUUAUUGCGAAAUCCAAAUUGGUGCAUUUGACUCAGAUUGCUUCAACUUGUUCCUUAUGCAUCAUCAUCCAUGCCAAUUUGUUUUGCAUUACAAUGAACUGAUGAAACCUGGUAUGGAGAAAGAAAAUGAUCAGCCUUGGAAUGGUUGCCUGCAAAUCCUGCAAGUGUUUGCAAACAGAAAAUGCUCUUAUAUUCCUGAAUAGAUAAAAUCGCUCGACUUUUAAUCCCUUUUUGUUUUUGUAAUAAAUAUGUGACAAUCUUUUAUUCACAUAAUUGGCCUCCUUGUACAAUCUGUCAAAAAAAUAAAAAUUCGUGGAAUGUAUUUGGGUUUAUUCCUUUCCCAUGCGUGUUUGUUUC